AUCUCAUUCAUUCAAAUUAGCCUUGAUUUAAUCAUCCUGUAGAAGACAAAUAUGAUGCCGAACAGAAGUAACCUCUCCUCCUUUCAGAAUAUUGGAUCAGAUUCCAGUAAUAUUAUGGCAGAGUAUAGCCACACAGAAAACCAGAUGGAAUUACAAAAUGCUACUUUGGGAAAGGGUUCUGUGGCAAAUUCCCUUGAAAAUGGUCUCCAGGAUAUUAUGGAAAACCUCAACCAGAAGAAAUACGCAUCAACUCUCAAAUUUAAAACAAAUGGGGACUAUGCUGGCUCUUAUUUAACCCUUUCACAACCUAUGCCAAUUAAACCAAAUCCUUCCCCUAGUGUUAAAAACACACACUCUAUUACCAAAAUUCAAGGAGGCAAGCAGUUCCCCUGUGAAAGCCCAUAUCUUCCAGAUAAAAGCAUCUCUGUAAAGCAUUUGGGUUCCAUAUCAGGCAUGUCUCCAUCCAUUAGCGGGUACAGUUUAGGAAGGACAGACUCUGAUAUUCAUGCCAGCAGAGAAAAUGAAAGAUCCCUUGGGCAAAUGGAUAAGUUUUACUAUUCAAAGUACAGUCAGAAAAACAAAUCAUAUGACAAUGUCUACUUCCCAGGAAUGCUGGAGACGAAGAAGAUCUCGGGCUCUCUUCUGACCAUGUGGAAUGGAAGCUCUGGGAAUGAGCUGAUGCUUUCACCUGCUGGCAAUUCAGGGGCAGCCAGCAUGCCUUCUAGCCCAAAGCAAGGCAGGAGGAUGAAUACUGAAGACAGUCUGGCCCUUCACAUAAAACCAGUUAAACACAAGGAUGUGAUGAUGGAGACUCUGGGUUCACGGCCUAGGAAAUACUCUGGUGGAUCUCUAAGUCAUAUGGGGAUGUACAGUCGCUCCCUACCCAGACUUUAUAAAUCAACAGAAAGCCAGCUGGUGCCAUUAAGUUUGCCCCCCAGAAGCUCUCUGGGUAAUAUUAAAAGGAAAAAGCUUGGAGAAAAAGAUCUACCUCAGAAUGCUUUAGAUGCUGAUAAUUACCUGAAUUUUUCUUCUUGCAGCUCAGGGGUUUCACCACAUGCAAAUUCUGUCCCUGGGAAUAAUCCCUAUGUCAGUUCAACUCUUAGUGUCCCGGCAAGUCCUCGAGUUGCUAAAAAAAUGCUUUUAGCACCUUCUUCCCCAUAUCUUUCUGAUGAUUUUGAUAGACUUGGACUCUCAGGGACAAGUCCCAGUAGUUCUUUCUCCCCAGUGGAUUUUGACAGGUCUUUCUCUGUCCGAAGAAACCUUUCCACCAGUUCCAUUGAACUUGAUGACCCAGAUCUGGAAAGUUACAGACAGACGCCAAACUCUCUGCAAACAUCCAUGCGAGAGAGAAAAAACAGCAUUAGCUCCAUUUCAGGAAGAGAAGACCUUAUGGACUAUCACAGGAGGCAGAGGGAAGAGCGACUUCGGGAACAGGAGAUGGAACGGCUGGAACGACAGCGUCUGGAGACAAUCCUCAGUCUCUGCGCAGAAUACUCUAAAUCUGACAGCAGCCCUGCAGCAGCCACAACAGUUGCCGAUGUUCAAAAAAUUAACAAAGAACUCGAAAAACUUCAGCUCUCCGAUGAGGAUUCAGUGUUCGAAGAUUCCCAGAUGAAUCUGGAAACAAGAUUCAGAAGCCACUUGAAAUCAUCUGCAAGUGAUUCAGAUUUCUCGGAGCUGGGCAGCCACAGUCGCAGCACAGCGGCUUUCCUCUCCUCCAGAGGGUUGAGAGCUGAUGAGCACUUCAAUGAAAGCUCGAAGCCUCCACCUUUCCCUGCUCCCAGCUUCCUGAAGGAUGCCACUGAAUCCUCCUACUUAAGCAUCACGCCAAAGGUACCAGAAUGCACAAGUGAUGAGCAAAGAAGGCAGGAGCUUGGUCGACUAGAGGAGGAGCGCAUAGUAAUACUAAAUAAUUUGGAAGAGCUUGAGCAGAAGAUCAAAGAUUUAAAUGACCAGAUGGAUGAAUCCUCAAGAGAGUUGGAUAUGGAAUGUGCCCUUUUGGAUGGGGAACAGAAAUCUGAAACAACAGAGCUGCUGAAAGAGAAGGAAAUAUUGGAUCAUCUAAACAGAAAAAUAGCUGAGCUGGAGAGAAAUGUUAUUGGUGAAAAGACAAAGGAAAAAUUAAAACUUGAUGCUGAGAGGGAAAAACUAGAGAGGCUUCAGGAGCUUUACUCCGAGCAGAAGACGCAGCUUGAUAAUUGCCCUGAGUCCAUGAGGGAACAAUUACAGCAGCAGCUGAAGAGGGAUGCUGAUCUAUUGGACAUAGAAAGCAAACACUUUGAAGACCUGGAAUUUCAGCAGCUUGAACAUGAAAGCAGGUUAGAUGAAGAGAAAGAAAACCUGACACAACAGCUCCUGCGUGAAGUGGCUGAAUAUCAGCGCAGCAUUGUCAGUAGGAAGGAAAAGAUUUCUGCUCUCAAAAAACAAGCCAAUCACAUUGUCCAACAAGCUCAAAGAGAACAAGAUCAUUUUGUAAAAGAGAAAAACAACUUAAUAAUGAUGCUGCAAAGGGAAAAAGAGAAUCUCUGUAAUCUGGAAAAGAAAUAUUCCAUGCUUUCUGGAGGAAAGGGAUUUCCUGUCAGUCCCAACAGUCUAAAAGAGGGCUAUAUCAGUGUAAGUGAAAUUAGUGAGCUGUAUGGCAAUUCCACGAGUAUAUCCCCUUCCACUCAGCCCCCUACAGAUGCUGAAGCAGUUGCCACUGAGCCUUCCACGGCUGUGCUGACCAGCCAGCCACAAAAUAAAGAGCUAAGAUCACCUCUCUGUUCUGGAUUUGUGUUUCCUCACUCUCUUUCUCCUCGCUCUAUUGCUCAACUUCCAUCAGUCCAUUGGCCUGAGGUCAUGGCUACUCAUGUAGAUCCUAUUCCUUUAUCUGAUACACCUCCACCUCUGCCAGCUAAGAAACACCGCAGGCAACAACAGCAUUUCAGAAAUCUGGAAGAGCGAAAGAAGCAGCACAAGGAAUGCAUGUACAUGAGUGAUACUUUACCUCGCAAGAAAACGACCCCGUCUGUAUCACCGCACUUCAACAGCUCCACGCUUGGACGAAGCAUCACAUCUAAAGGUCAUUUACCAUUAGGACAGAGCAACAGCUGUGGCAGCGUACUUCCUCACUGCCUGGCAACUAUGACCAAAGAGUCAGAGGCAAGAAGGAUGCACAGAGGAGCAAUUAGUCAUUCCAAAGGUUCGAAUAUGAAAGGAUAUAAUCAUCAACGUAUCUGUGAAAACCAAAGGCAGAAGUCUCCUGAAUUCUACAGCAGAACAGCAUCAGAAUCGAAUGUGUAUUUGAAUAGUUUCCAUUUCCCAGAUCGUAGUUACAAGGACCAUGCCUUUGAUUCACUAAGCUUAGACAGUUCUGACAGUAUGGAGACAAGCAUAUCAGCAUGCUCACCGGAUAACAUUUCCAGUGCUAGCACUUCAAAUGUCGCAAGAAUAGAAGAGAUGGAGAGACUUCUGAAACAAGCCCAUGCUGAAAAGACUAGGCUGCUUGAGAGCAGGGAACGGGAGAUGGAAGCUAAAAAACGAGCUCUGGAAGAAGAAAAGCGCCGCAGAGAGCAACUGGAGAAAAGACUGGAAGAAGAAACUAGCCAGAGGCAAAAAUUAAUUGAAAAGGAAGUAAAAAUACGUGAGAAACAAAGAGCACAGGCCCGUCCCUUGACUCGCUAUUUGCCCGUUAGAAAGGAAGACUUUGACCUACGAAGUCACAUCGAAACAGCUGGUCACAACAUAGAGACCUGUUACCAUAUCUCCCUCACAGAGAAGACCUGCCGAGGCUUUCUGAUUAAAAUGGGAGGAAAAAUAAAAACGUGGAAAAAACGAUGGUUUGUUUUUGACAGAAACAAGAGAACUUUUACUUACUAUGCAGACAAACACGAAACUAAAUUAAAAGGUGUAAUAUAUUUUCAAGCUAUUGAAGAAGUCUAUUAUGAUCAUCUAAAGAAUGCAUAUAAGAGUCCCAACCCAUUGCUCACUUUCAGCGUUAAGACACAUGACCGGAUAUACUAUAUGGUUGCUCCUUCCCCAGAAGCCAUGAGGAUAUGGAUGGAUGUCAUUGUCACAGGCGCAGAAGGCUACACCCACUUCAUGUUAUAAUAAAAGGGGGCAACAGGGCAUACUGCAAUAACAUAACAUAUGAAGUUAGCCAUAUGUAGGGGAAUCUGAAAAGCCACUGAAUACUCUCAAAUGUCCUCCUUAUGAUGUGCACCCAAAACCUCAGAAUGAGAUGGUUUUACAAAUGCAUUGAAAAGGGGGCGGGGGUUGUUACUUGUUUUAGUUGAUCUUUACAGGAAUGAAAGAGCUAAAGCUGUUGAAAGAAUCACAGUGCUCCAAAAUGGAUAACUGGGCAAUUUAAAUUACAAUAUCUUGAUUCAGUAAUUUUCUACAGAUUCUCUUAUAUGGAGAAUGUCUUCAAAAAAUCAUGCCAAACAGUUUACAAAUGUGUAUGUUCUUAUCAGUAAGCAAAAACUCUAGUUAUGGAACAAACAAGUGUAAUAAGCAUAUAUUUUAAUAUGCAGCAUUUGGCAUUUAUAGAUGAUUAGGUGACUUUUAAAAACUUUUAGUCAAGUAUUUUAUAAACAAAAAAGCAACCCUAAGGUACACACAGUUCUUGCCUUAGUAGUUAAUUAUUACAGCCGAGCCAAAGAGUUAUACAAUUCCCUUACCAUGUCUUCAUAUUGUUAGUUGUACUUAGCUUUCUGUAAGGGGACUGUACCAAAACUCUUCAUGACUUUUAAUGUAAUUAAAUUGUUACAAUAUUCUGUGUGUUCAGAUGCUCAGUGAUACCCACUGUAUGUUUCAACAACAACAAAAAAAAGACAGCAGUGGCUUUAUAAAGAUGUGUUUUGCCACAAGAAUAUGAAAUGGAAACACCUGUAUUAAUUUCUGCAUAAGGAUAAAGUUUUUUUAGUCUUCCCUUUUGAAUAGAAUGAACUGAUUCUAGACCCUACAGCAAUCUUCUUUUUGUUUCUUUUAUCUAAUAAGGUCCCAGCAUGGUUCUAAUCUGACUCUGCCAAGUGGAUGCUCUUCUGAAACCUCUCAAAUGUUGGACCCCUUGAAGCCAGUAUAAAAAUCUCUACCUAAACAAAUUCUUUGGAGCCAAGUUUUCAGACCCCAAGGUUUUUUUUUAAAUACAUACCUGCACAGAAUAAUGCUGUCAAAUAGAAUAAAAAGAGAGAGGCAAGUUCCAAGAGUUUACACUAAGCAGUUUUCAAAUAAAAAACCCUGAACAUUGUAAAUUGAUUCCUAAAACAACAAAAAUAUUGAAGAUGCAGUGAUUUCUCAUUUUAAAGUCCUUGAGCGCUAUUGCAAAAAGAUAAAUUAUUUAAUUGAACCAAACUUCAAGAAAGUCUCUUACAAUAUGACUGUAAAGAGGCUCUAUUUCAGUAAUCAAAACUUAUGUGCUAUGUCAUUUGUGUAAUAGAAGAAAGCACAUUAGCCUUUUUUUCUUGAUGGAAAGUUAAUGGCUUUUGAUGGGACAAAUAUAAACCAAAAGCAGAAUAGAAGUAUGAUGGCAGAAUAUUUUUAUUAUACUUUUAAAACCCUGUAUCUGUAAUGAACAGGUUGAACUUUUUGUGAUAUAUACAGGUGAUAUCUUUGCUCUAGCAUGACAAACACCAGUUUCAACUUGAACCAUGAAAGAAGGGACUAUUAUCACAAACUAAUUGUUAUGAACUGUGGAAAUCACAGCUUGUAAUCUAAUGAUUUGAAACACUAUCAGAAAUAAAUUGCUUUGGUUUAUAUAAUUAUUAUUUUUCCCUGAUGUAUCUUGAUUUUACUCCUAAGUAUGGUUAUAAAGGUUUUCUAAUAAUGAUUUUUUGUAUCCUGCAUGAUGCAAUGAAGGCAUUUCAAUAAACAUUUUUAAAAAUA